CUGAUUGUUUCGUGUUGGCCUGACUACAGUGCUAAUUCGUCAAAGCCCUAGCAGCGACCGCUUAAAGCUUCAACAAGCAACCUGUCUCCGAGCAUGGAGCUACCCUGCAGCGCAUCAUGCUUCUAGGCCCUACCGUAUUCCCACUCGCAUUUGCUGCGCUCGGAGGGCGUAGCUUGAAAAAUAUAGCGCUUUGGAGAGCAGAACGAGGCUCCACGCUGGGAGUGAGUGGAGAAUCUGUUUCCGGCAAUGUCUGUUUGCUGAACUGUGACAGAAUCUUGAGAGCCUUCAUGGAAGCCAGAGCGUCGUCAGCGCCAUUAGUCUUACCAUUUCUCUUCGAUCGUUCAGCCUUUUGUCGUUAGCUUUGCUUCUUCUAUGGUCACUCUCACCACUUGGCGGCCAGAGCUCAUUGCGUCUUCUCUACGAAGCAAAUCAAACCAUCACAACAUCUCAACCAGUGU